GUGGGAUCAAGGCAGAUAGUCUUUGCCGUGAGCAGCCAUGGCGAGUCCCACAAUGAGAUUGUUCAAUACCCUGCUGGUCACGAUGGUGGCCAUUCUGGUAGGCUUCUUCUGCGUUCGCUUGCAACUGAUAACGCCAGAGGAAGGCCACCUGAAAGGCAUCGGCUUCUUUAUUGGUUCCCUGGUCUUUCCCUUGUUGAUUUUCAACACUGUGGCCACUGCGGAGUUGCACUCCGUGAACUACGGGGUCAUUGGAGCCUGCAGCCUGGGCAAGAUCGCUGUGAUGGUGCUCACCUGGCUCUUGGCAUAUGCGGUCUUUCAACCCCGCAGGUCUCGCGGACAGCGGAUCUUGACCGCCACCGUCUUCGCCUUCUUCGCAGUGGCCUCCAAUGACUUCGCCAUCGGCUUCCCAGUGAUUGAUGCCUUGUAUGAGAAGGACAUGUCCAUUUAUAUCACCGGGAACGCUCUUGUUGGCUCCUUCGUCUUCAUCCCCUUGACCAUGAUCGCUUUUGCGAUCGGUGGGGCCAUCAGAACUGGAACUGGGCAGAGCUACUGCCAAAUCUUUACCAAUAUCCUAUAUGACUUGGCAACGAAUCCUGUGAUCUUCAUGACUUGUGCUGGUUUGCUCUUCAAGAUCAUCUUUGGCAAUAGUCUGGUUGAAGAAAAUGGAAAAAUCCGACUACCACAUCCUCUUUCUGACUUUAUUGAUCUCUUUACAGCACCCUUCGGCAUGUCAGCUCUUUUCCUCACAGGCACUUCCUUGAGAACUCCUCGCGUCUCUGUCUGGGCUGUUGGACUGGUCUUGAUGAAGGUGGUGGUUUGCGCAUAUUUGAGCUAUACCUUUGGUACCGCUUUGGUGCGCGGAGGAGGUGACAUCAAGGUUCUGCACGACUUCACCUAUUUCUAUGGCGCCAUCCCCACCAGCAGCGCACCCAUCGUCUUCGCGUCUCAGUUCGACCCCGAAGCCGCUGAGCUGAUCGCCACAGCAGUGCUUUUCGGUCUCAUCCUGGCUGGGCCCAUCAUGUUCAUCACGGCCUAUUCACUGAAUGAACAAGAUGCUGAUUCAGGUCUAUACACUUUACGACAAGUGCAAUUCAGUGCAGAUGCCGCCGGCAUUUUCUGCGGUCUAUUCUUCGUUGGCUGUCUUGCAUUGGUGCGCCAGUAUUGGUGCUUCACAUGUCCUGCUAAACAACUGCUUGCAUUCUACGGGACGGUCUUGAUGGUCUACGCUGCGGUAUCCUUUUCUGUGAAUCCCAUCAUUUCUGCCACAUCCUGUGAUGCCUUCAAUGAGAUGCAUUUGCAAACGCCAUGGGUUAUCGCCUUCAGUUGGCUACAGAACAGUGCCUCGAUUAUGCUAUUGGUGCUACAGGCGAUGUAUGCUUGUGGACCGGUGAGGUCCUCCGAUGCACCGAUGGCGGGCCUGGUCAUCGUUUGCCUGUGCCUCGCACUAGCACUGCUGCCCUCCUUCUUUGCAACACCCAACACCAUCAACGAGAUUUGCAACCACGAGGAGAUCGGAUCUCUGGAGCUUUGCCUCAACGUGGUGUGGUCUGGUCUCAAACUGUUGAUCGCUUCGUCCCUGGCGAUCUACGCUCUCUGCUUCCGCCGCCCGGGGCUCCACCGAAGCGACGAGACCGAGACCGAGACCGAGAGCUCCGACGAUUCCUGCGAGGCCGGGCGAGGCCGCGCGACCUUCUUUGACCCGAACCUGCAAGGUGAGGCCCACUUGUGCAUGCGCUCCGUAUGGAACAUGUUGUGUAUGUGCGGCUCAGGUGUCAGAGAUUUGGCAAAGCUCUAGUCUUGCCGUGGAUUGGCAGCAUCUUGUACCAGGAGGUAUCAUUCUCACGAUCACCAUCAUGAACAUCGUGAAAAUCCUGACGCAAGUCAUCAAUGCAGCCUUAGUGCAUUUCGCAUCCAACAAGAACGUAGGAAGCUUUGCCUCCAUGCUUCUGCUGGAGAGCGCCCUGGAGCACUCUCAGCCCAUCGUGCUGCUAGCGGCACUCUUCUUUGACGCGAACUUCACCGGGCUGCUGCUGAAAAUUAUCCCGGGACUCUUCCCGCGGUGUUGUCGAUCCAACCAACGCACUUCAAGCACUUGGAAAGGUUGGUCUUUGGUGACACAGCCAGAUCCCAAAGAUUGUGAGGCACCAGAGUCUAGUCCGUGCGACGAGCGCAAUGUGUAAAGCUUGGGCCGGGCCAUUGAAGCCCUCAUGGUCGUGAAGAACGUUUUGAAGUUGCGCACACUCCGUCCUUCUCACCACUUCCCUCACUGCAGUGCAAAAGACACUCCCGCAGAUAGUUAUAAAUGAUGCAGAAUCCGACGUGAAGUCCGGAAUCACUCUGGAAUGGCUAAGAUGGGAAAA